AUGACGGGAGAGAAAGUGUUUGUGAACACUACUCAUGAGAGCGUGUACAAGUGGUCCCAAACUUUGCAUGCACUAACUGGACAGCGAGAUCAUGUUACAUCAGGACUCUUGCCGGCUGGUGAGUGCGCGAAGAAAAGGGAUAUCAUUUUGCAUGAAUUUCUCUCUCCUGAAGUGAGUCGAGCGGUCCAUAGCAUGUUACCUGAAGAUGUGAGAUCUCCGGUGUGGUCUAUGGCUGCUCUGGCAAGUUAUGCUAAGUCUCUACAACCUCUGCUGAAUAUCUUGGACAGCACGAUCAAGUCACUCAGUGAAGAGUUGAAGUUGGAUCGAGAAUUACGGUUGCAAUAUUUUGAAGAAUAUGGUAAUCUUGCCUAUGAAGCAUUGCUAGCAAAAUAA